AUGAAGAAGGAAUCUAACUUUAGAUCUUAAAGUUUCAUCAAUGAUGGUGAUAUUGACAUAACUUUGAAUAGUUACCUAGUUGCUUUCAACUUCGAUUAUGGUGAAAAACUGACCUUUAAAUUGUUAAUUCGAAAAACAAAAUAUACUUGGUUUACUAUGCUUACUUUUACUUCUAAAAAUUAGAAAAGUGUACAUCAUCAGACUACCUGUUUUUGA